AAAGCUCUCAACUUCGAUCAGAUCAAACAAUUUUCAUGCCAGAUUACAGCCGAAAAUCCGAGUACACCGGAUGAUCCUGAUGGGAUUCCUCAAACGGCUGUUACUGACCUCGUAUUAAAUGUGGUUGACGUGUUUAACGAACCCCUGUCGUUCAGCAGACUCAUGUAUUCCCUAAUUGUCGAUGAUCCCAGUUUAUCCACAGAUGACCACCUCGUACCAACGGAAGAAGAGAUGCAAAUUCAAAAUGUCGCCGCAGAACACGGGGCUGUGAAAUAUAGAGGAAUCGCGAGUGAAGGUAUGUUA